UAAAAAUUUCUUAAUUUACUUAAGAAAUUCUAAAUUUAUUGACGUCGACUUACAAUUCGAGGAAUUAAAAUAAAUAGUUGCACUUUUAAAAAUUAUAAGGUCAUCACUUUAUCUAUGCAGAGGAAGAAAUCACAUGACAACAGUAUAAACAGUUUAUGAGAGAAAUUCUAUCCAGAUUUCAUGUGGCACUGGUGAGAUGCAAUACAUUUGGAUUAUCUUCAUACUCCGCCUUUUGUUUACGUUAGCAGAAGAUGAAGAAUGUGGACCUCCACCUGAUUUGAAUCAUGCUUCUGCAGUAACUGAUGAGGAUAAUUUUCCACCGGAUACAGAAGUCAAGUACAAGUGCAAUUUCGGUUAUUAUUUUGUGAGUAUCAAAAGAAAAGCAACUUGUGAACGAGAUGGAGGAAAAGGAUUACAUUGGAAUACUGAAGGAAUAGAAUGCAGACCUGUAUCUUGUGGAGAACCUGAACUGAUAGAAAAUGGACAAGUUUUGGGAAGUCGAUACACUUAUCCAAAUUCGGUGGAGUAUGUGUGUAAUGUUGGAUAUAAAUUGAAAGGUAUUAAUGUGCGUUUCUGUGGAACGGAUGGUGAAUGGAGUGGCCGUAAACCUUCUUGCGCAAUUGUCACUUGUCCAAAGCCGGAAGAAAUAGAAAAUGGCACCGUCAGUUAUAGUUCUACAGUAUAUAACUCAAUAGCCACUUACAAUUGUUAUGAUGGACUUCAUAUAGAAGGUAACAACACUGUAAAAUGUGAUGCUGAAGGAAAUUGGAAAGGAGUUCUCCCCAAAUGCAAAGAGAUGCUUUGUCCAGAACCAUUGCAGCCACUUCAUGGAAUAGCAACAUUGAUGAAUGAAAAACGAAAUGUAGGAAGCUUGGUUGUUUACAAUUGUAAUUCUGGGUUUAAUUUAAUUGGAAAUACAUAUGCUAAAUGCUUAGCAACUGGAAAAUGGAGUUUUGAAACCCCCAANUCCAAUAAAUAUCUUUUAAAAUUCCUCCUGUAUUUUUAG